AUUAAAAAAAAACCCAUCUGUUUUUACAAAUAGUCUGCCUGUCCAAUACACAUCCCGUAAUACUGGAUACUUUAAAUAUUUUACAAAAGUUGUCCCCCUUAAAAAAGAUUUCCUAAAGUUUUGUAUAGAAAUAAAAAAUCUAUCAUAAAUAACCUAGUUAACCUAAUGAUGUAAAAUUUCAGUGCUGUGACAUUAAUGCCUAUGCAUCAAAACAGAAAUGUAACAAUUCUUUGAAAAUGGAGCAAAUGACAAAGAUGAAAUCCAAAUUAAUUUGGAUGGGAGAUGUUCUCUACAAGCUGUUCAUUACUACCAAGAAUCUGCAACAACAACAACAUCUAGCAAACUUCACUUUGUGAAUUAUUAGAAGAAGUCAGACCAUGGAACUUGGACUUGAUUUUGAUGACAGCGACUUCACUGAGAAAGUUAGGGAAAAAGAGACACUUACAUCAUACAAUGCCAAAGUGUGCUAUCCAGAGUGGUUCUUUUCUGACCGAGCAGACAAUGGGAGAAACGAUAUGGCAACAGUGUAUAAAUUCAGGGGAGAUUAUCAUUAUCGGAGGAAAGACCUCAAAUCUGCUAUACAGUGUUACAAAAACAGUCUAGAUAGGCUUGGUAUACAUAACCGUACAAUGCGUCGAGAAUUGAUGGAAUCAUUGGCUCGGUGUCACAUGCAGAAUAAGGAUUUUGAAAUGUCUAAGAAAUAUGCAGAACAUGUGAUGAGCGAUUGUCUAACAGUAGAAAACUACUGUCACACUUUAAUGUUGCAGCAACAACUGUACCGGUGUUCUGGUGAUUUAUUGAGUGAACUGCGUGUGUUACACCAAUUAAUCACGUUGCAUCCAGUGAAUGCUCAGUUCUGGCUGAAACUUAUUGAUCUGUAUGAGAAAAUCAGAGAAUCUUGUAACACACAGCAUGAUGAAAGUAGUAUGAAAAUUCUGGAUGAAAUGGACAAGUAUACAUCUGAACUCAAAGAGGAUGUCAUUGUCAACCAAAAAAAUACUGAUAAUGAAAAAAUGGGUUCCUGUGAGAAAUGUAGAGUUAACACUCAAAACUGUGAGAAAAGUAAGGAAUGUGCGAGCCAUGUUUGUUGUACACAGUGCAUUAAGCAAAAUACGUAUAUGAAAUGUACCGGUAUAUGUCCCAUAGACAAGUUACAUCAAGUAAGUUUAAAUGAAACCAAAGGAAAAGAAAUGAAUCAAAGUGGUACAGAACAUUUGAAUCAGGCAUUGUCAGCUUAUCCAGUGGAUUUGGCCCUUCUCACUUGUUACAUAAGGGCUAGGCUGAUACUAUCAGGUGUUCAGGGUACUGUAGGGUCAUUCAUCAAAGACAGAAAUAUACAACUUGUUGACAUGUUGAAUAAGAAAAUACAGGAUCUGAAAGUACAGGAUAGUGUCUUGGAAAAUGUAACUCAGUAUAUAAGACAUGACAUGUUUGAAGAAGAUGCUGAUGAUUCAGAAAGUAAACCAGAUCAAAACCAGGAUAUUAAGGUUGUGAUGGAAAAUGUAGUAACAACUGAAGACUUCAACACAAGAUGGUUUUCAUGGAUAAGAGCGGUCCCUUAAAGACAGCAUUUGUUUAUCAUUUACUACAUAAAAACGUGUUGAUUUAUAAACUACAGUUACAUUUUACCAGGCCCACGGGGACUUUUUAAUGUUACAAAAUGCAGACUUUUUAUCUGUGCAAAUACAAUGUAUGUAUGUACGUCACAACUUUACAAAACACGACCUAUAAAAUAAUCACAUGAAAAUUGAGUAAAUAUUGAAUCAAUACUUGAUCUUUAGUUUAUACUAAUUUAUUUUUUAGUUGUGAUGAAAACUUAGAGCCAAUUUGAACCACACUCAUGUCAGCAUUCUGGAAAAAUCAGCACUAGCGUCAUAUGACAAUGUGUGGUUGUUACCUCAGCUUGAAUAAAUUGUUAUGUGCUAUGUUUUGUAA